AUGUCAAUUUGCGCAUUAAUUUUAUUCGGCCUGACAAUUUCCGCUGUUCAGGCCAUCGAUCCUGAAUAUUCGUGGAACAAUCGCAUAAAUUCUUUUCUAACGGCUUCGCUUAAUUCGUUCUUAUCCGUGACAAAAGCAGACGAAAAACCUCUCGGAGAGGAUGUCACCUUCUGGUGUGUCAACAGAGAGCAUCGCGAGUAUACGCAAACCCUCAUAAAUGACCCAUCGUUAACGGAAAAAAUAAAUUUUAGUCUUCCGUUGGUCUUUCUCAUCCACGGAUGGUUUGACAGCAAAGAUCGAAACUGGAUUUACGAGACAAUCGACGACUAUCUGCUGUACCAUGACACAAAUAUUUGCGUUGUGGAUUGGAAUCGACUGGCAUUGCAAAGUUACGCAAUUUCCGCGAAAAAUACCAAAAAAGUCGGACAUCAAUUGGCCAAAUUUAUUACGGCGACGGAGAACAAAGGCAUGCAUUUGAAUGAUGUAACACUGGUAGGACACAGUUUUGGAUCUCAUGUAUCGGGUUAUGCGGGAGCUGCUUUGGGUGGACGAUUGAAUGCCAUUUUUGCACUUGAUCCGGCAGGACCUCGAUUUGCCAAGAAGAAAUUAAAUCCACCGAAUGAGAGACUCGAUCCGACAGAUGCGCAAUUCGUUCAAGCGAUUCAUACGGACAGAACGAAUAUUGGAGCUGACUGGGAUUUGGGACAUCAAGACUUUUAUCCGAAUGGAGGUGAAAGUCCAAUGCCGGGAUGCUACUUUCCGGCAGUUCAAACUGGUAUUCACCCAUCCCAAUUUCUUUGCAGCCAUUUUAAGGCAGUUGAGUACUUUCGGGCCGCUCUGAAUCCAGAAAAUAAAUUUAUUGGCAAGCAAUGUGAGGGACCUUAUGAUUUGUACGAAAUAGGGCUUUGUGAUGAAAACGAAACUGACACGUUUGGAAUUUAUGCAAGACGCAGAGCAAGAGGACGAUUUUACUUAACAGUGUCUGAAGAUUUCCCCUUUACAUUUACAGGAUAA